AUGGUAACUGUCAACAAACUGCACGAACAGGAUCAUAACCGCCGGUCCGUCGUCGAACAUUUCGUCAGAGAUCUCCGUCGCGAUCUGGACAUCAGGGCCGGCUAUGACAAGCCGCGGCAUGUACCAUUCCUGGAAGUGGGAUUCUCGGACCAGGUCAUCAAGAGGCUUAGAGCGCACGCAAAGCAUACUUGCUCCAACUACGUGAUGAAUUUGUUCCACGCCGCGACCGAGAGACGGUUUCCCGGUACAUUCGAGUUGCAUCAACACGUUUUAUAUCUGUGCUCCGACCCCGCCGAAACCUGGCUAGGUGAAAUUGCUUUCACACAGCUCUGUAAGGGGUAUAUUACGGAGGGCUCCGGCUUCAGUCACCACGGUGCUGGCUUCUCCCAUGGAAGCUCAUAUUGGAGUCGCACGGAGCAAGAAUUGAAUAUGCUCUUUUUGUACAAGGAUGCGGACGGGAGCAUUCAAAGGCGUUUGAAAGAAGACGGGGAGCUCGCUCGGAAACUCGAUUUUGGUCGUCCUGGGGCACAAGAAGAGCUCGUGGGCAAGGUUGAAAAGGAUAUCGAGGGCAUGGAAGCGGUGCUAAAGAUGGUGGAAACCAUCAAGGAAAUCCAAGAGCUCGAUUCCGAGAAGACUGAGAAUGCAACACCGGAGAAUUAG